AAAUGGGUUAAGGAGGACAGGUCCCAGGGGAGCAAAGCCAUCAAAACCCUCUCUCUCUCUCUCUGUGUAAACCUCAACACUUUCUUCAUACACAGUGCUCUUCUCAGUUCUCUCUCUGUGUGUCUUUCUUAAUUGGUAGCUUAAGCUUUGUCAUUUCUUCGCCUGCUGGCGGGUUUUCUUAGGCCUGUCUGUGAUAAGAGUCCUAUUCGUUUCUCAAUUGGCUUUUCAGGGACCUUCUUCUAUCCUAUAUCUUGAGAGGUUUAUUAUUUUUUAAUUACUGCUUGCUUCUGUAUUCGUGGAAUGGAUUUGCAUCUAUAAUCGCUUAGACAUGGACUUCUGGGUGAUUCUAUAGCUUCAAAAAUGCUUUCUCUAAGGGAGUUCUGGAGAAGGCAUAGGAGGAAAAUUCUUAUUGCGGCAGGUGUUUUUGGAAGUGGGUAUUUUUUCUACAAAUUAUAUAAUGCACAUAAGAGUAGCCUUGCUGAUUUGGAGAGACAACUUGCGGAUGAACGGGAGCAUGAGGAGCUUAUCAAGGCUCAAAUGCAAGCUCAUUUUGAGAGCAUUCAGAGAAUAGCUGAUACAACAACAUUGCCUCAUGCAAUGAACUAUUUAAGCGGCCGGAUUGCAGAAGAGUUGGACCUUUCUCAGCUUACGGAGAGGCUAAUGAAAGGAAAGGGUCAGCCCAACACUUUGACAUCUUCAGAGAAACUUGAGCUAUGGGACAGACUCAAAAUCUUAAGUUUCACAAGAUUGGCGGUCUCCCUAUGGGCAAUGACAAUGCUUAGCUUGUAUAUCAGAACUCAAGUAAAUAUUCUAGGAAGACAUUUAUAUAUUGAUACGGCCCGUGGUCUUGGAAGCUCACACUUACUUGAGGAUGUUGAUCUCAUUGAAAGGGAUGACCAGCAAAAAUUUUUGGCAAGUUCUGAUUUUCUUGCUAAUUAUGGAAUGCCAGUGCUGAUUUCUAAUAUCCAAGCAGCAGCAACGGAGGUUCUCAAGGGAAAACAGUUGAGGGAUGUCUUCACCACCACGACUCUUCAUGAAACUGUUGUGCAGAUACUUGACUUGUUCAUGAGCAGGGGAAGUCCGCAUCAGUGGGCAGAGUACAUGAUGCCUGAAGAUGCUAGACUCUACAAGCUAUCAGAAGGUUCCAGCAGUGGUAAAACAAUAACUAUUACUGAUACUACGAAAUUUGAACAGCUUAUGGCAGAGGCUCGAGCAGUGCUAUCCAGUGCUGAAUUUGGUAGUAUUGUGGAAAUAUCAUUGAAAGUAAUAGUGGAUGCACUGGUGGCUGAUAUGGGUGCUGAGUCCAGUGGUGGCAGUCUAGCAUCAGGAAUGCCACUGGCAAGACUUUUACCUCGAGUUGCACAAAAGGGUCCAUUACUGUUUGAUGAACCGAACCGAAAUCGGUUUAUCCAAAUCCUCCGGAGUGUAUCAGAAGUUGAACUCUUCUUCACUCUCCUUUAUGCGAAUAUGCCAACUUCAUAGACCAGUGAGAAUGGGUUUUAUUUUCUUAGACAUUUUCAUUUGAUUUUCAUACAUGGGCAUCAAUGUAAAAAAUAAUUAUGGUAGUAGGUCUGCAUUAACAAAAUUUGAACUGCAUAAAGGAAUAAGGUUGUAAUUCUUUACUAAGUAAUUAUUUGGUUGAUUAUUCAGCACCAA